UCCUAAUUUUUGCUUAUAAAAUAAAAUGAAGGCCUAAACAAGUAAAAGCGAGGUUAAGGAUUGAAGCCCAUACGCUCGCGUUACGCGCGUCUGGCAACUAUAUACACGAUGUAAAAGGCAGCUGACAAUGUCAAUUAUUCGGGUUUCGAGUUCGACUCACUUGGUCUCUGCUUUCGAAAUCAAAUUAUUGCCGUAACAUUUACUUUUUUCUUAGGCCAAAAGGAAGAGGAGGGAAGGGUCUGCAAUGAGAGAAGAGGUUAUUAGCUCUGGUGGGACCAUAGAUCCCACACCUGCUGCGAGUUCUGCUGGUGCAUCCUCCCCUGCUGUUCCAACAAAUGUCGGCAGUGUUGACUGGUCUGGUCAUGGCCAAAAUUCCAAAGCAGCUUCUCAAUCUUGUGUCGGAUCCCAAGCCCAAUGGAUUUCAUGCCAUUCUACUGCUGGUGGGUCUGCUCUUGGAUCUUCAAGAACUUCAUGCCGACCAUGGGAAAGAGGAGAUCUUCUCAGGCGAUUGGCUACAUUUAAGCCUGUGAAUUGGUUUGGGAAACCUAAGGUUACAAGCUCAUUGUCUUGUGCUCGGAGAGGUUGGAUAAACAUAGAUGAUGAUAAAAUUGCAUGCGAAACAUGUGGGGCAUGCCUGAAUUUUGCUUCCUCCCCAUCCUGGGCUACUUCUGAAGCUGAGGAUGCUGGUCAGGCCUUUUCCAAGCAGCUGGAUGUUGGGCACAAGGUUGCUUGUCCUUGGAGAGGAAACAGCUGUCCAGAAAGCUUGGUUCAAUUCCCUCCAACACCUCAGUCUGCUCUAAUUGCAGGAUAUAAGGAUAGGUGUGAUGGACUUAUGCAGUUCCAGUCUCUUCCUGUAGUAGCAGCAUCUGCAGUGGAGCAUAUGCAUGUCUCUCGAGGUCCACAACUUGAUCGCCUUCUAUAUCAGUUGCAGAAUCAUAUGGCAGAGUUUGAGUCCAGAUCAGAGAGUAUACUGGAAGCUGAUAAUGCUCGAGAUGGUGCAUUUUGUCUAUAUUCUCGUUCACAGAAGCUCAUUAGCUUGUGUGGAUGGGAACCAAGAUGGCUUCUAAAUGUUCAAGACUGUGAAGAGCAUUCGGCUCAAUCAGCUAGAAAUGGAUGUUCUUUUGGCCCUAACACGACUCAAGUCCAUCGUUCGCAGGAUCCUGGACCGAGCAAAAAUGCUCUCAUUGCUUCUGGCAAGGAUAGUGGAAAAAAUAAAUUGAUAGUUGUGGAGUCUAGAUCUGAAUACAGGUCACCUUUGUUAGACUGUAGCUUAUGUGGUGCUACUGUCAGGAUAUUGGAUUUCUUAACUGUUCCUCGACCUGCUCGUGUUGCUCCCAACAACAUUGAUAUCCCUGAUACAAGCAAGAAAAUGGGAUUGACUCGUGGAGUAAGUGCAGCCAGUGGAAUUAGUGGUUGGGUUGCCAUUGAUGAUCCAGAGAAAGAACCAACUGAAGACCGUGAUGAAGUGGGAACAACUGAUGAGAGAAAUUUGAUGCAAAAAACAGAUGUUGAAUUGAAUCUUACAAUGGCUCGGAGUUUGUCUUUCAGUCAGUUGGGUAGAGCCGCAACAUCCAGAAAUAUGAAUGAUGCAGAUAUGGGACGGGAUCUAAUGAUCGGGCAACCAUCAGAUAGUGAGGUUGGUGAUCGAGCUGCUUCUUAUGAAUCACGGGGUCCUAGUUCUUGCAAGCGAAGCUUGGAGAUAGGUGCCAGUUCAGAGGACAGACCACAGUUACGCCCGCAGCAAGCUGAUAGUGUUGAAGGAACUGUCAUCGAUCGUGAUGGUGACGAAGUCACUAAUGCCAGACAAUAUUCUGCUGGGCCUUCAAAACGAGCUCGGGAUUCAGAUAUUUUUGAUACUUACUGCUCACCAUAUCCAAGAGACUCCUCUGAUGCGGGUCCUAGCCAUGCAAUGGGUUGUGAAACUUCUGUAGAUGGCAACAAAGUUGCUCUGUUUAGGCAAGGAAGCAGCCAUGUUAUUGGAAUACCAUCAGCCAGAGAUUCAACGCGUGCAUCCUCUGUCAUUGCAAUGGAUACUGUGUGCCACAGUGCAGAUGAUGACUCCAUGGAAAGUGUUGAAAAUUAUCGUGGAGAUGUUGAUGAUAUCCAUUUUCCCUCUUCUAGUAUAUAUUGCCACCUUGAUAUGAAUGCCACAUCAGAGUUGAAUUAUAGUAAUCAAGCUCAGCAGAGUAUUUGUUUCCAACCAACUGCUGGAGCAGUUCCAGGUGAAGUAGGCAUCAGCAGUACAAAUGAUGGUGAUGAAAUUUUCAAUGCUGAAACUGUGACAGCUCAUGCUAGGGAUGGGCUCAGCUUUGGAAUUAGUGGGGGGAGUGUUGGUAUGUGUGCCAGCCAUGAAGCUGAUAUCCAUGGAGCAGAUGUCUCUGUGCAUAGAACAGAUAGUGUAGUUGGUGAUAUAGAACCCAGAAUUGAAGAUGCUGAAAAUCAGGGUCAAACUGGUGAAUCUGCUCCAGAUCCUGGGUUGAUGGAUGAGGUUGUUCCAGAUGAAAUAGAUAGAGAGGAUCCUCUCGAUGACAGCCGAGAAAUGUUGUCUCGCUCUCUAGGAAGGGAUGACAGCGGAUCAAAAGUUGAUGGCUCUGCCAAGGCAGAGUCUAUUGAGAGUGGUGAAAAGAUAAGCCAAAGCUGCAAAGUAAUCCUGGAUAACAAUGCUCAUCCUUCUCUUUCUUGCAAUGCAAAUGUGUACUCUGGUAAUGAAACAACCAAGGAGAUAAAAAAUGCUGGAAAAUCAUCUUCCAUAAACAACUGUACAUAUCCAGAUUCAGAUCUUGCUGUCGCAACUGGGAUAGGGCCACCAAAAGGGGAAAGCAAUUAUGAAGAAGCUAUAGAAUUUGAUCCAAUUAUUCAUCACAACCAGUUCUGCCCCUGGGUGAAUGGGAAUGUAGCUGCUGCUGGCUGCAGUGGCUACUCCAGCUCCACCUCCUGCUCCAAUGCUGAUGUUGUUGCACUUUGUGGGUGGCAGCUGACCUUGGAUGCUCUGGAUGCCCUGCGAUCACUGGGGCAUAUUCCUGUACAGACAGUACAGUCAGAGUCGGCAGCAUCAUUGCAUAAGGAUGAUCAGCAAACUCCUGGUAGAAGUCUCCUUCAACGGCAUUCUGUGAACAAAAGUCAUGGCCAACAUUGAUAGUCGAACAUGAAGUGCAAGGAAACCUGCAAUGAAACCUGCAUGGAGCAGUGUAAUUACGAUUUCCCUCUGGCUUUCAUGUAUGCGCCAAUGUCAGGAAAGGGUUGGAUCAAAUUUGAAGCACUUUGAGUUGUCGCCAGAGUGAAUGGUUUUGUUGUUAGUAAGACAUGAUCCCAUGGUAAGGUAGUUUGUGUUGUUCAGGUUUGAUACUAGUCUAUACUGCAUAAAUUAUCAUUUCUUGGUUUCUUUCUGACUAUUAUUGCGAAUAUAAUUGUCUUCUAUUAUUAUUCAAUUAUGUGACGGUGAACAAUGCUGUUAAAGAACAAAUUGUCUCUAGUUCUACAAUUUUGGUUCUUCUGGAUUCUCAAUUCAUGGAUGACACUGCUAAUAAAUAAAAUGAAGAUUUUUGGUGAUGUUGCUAAA